AACUUUCCUGUCUUGAUGUUGUGUUUAAAACGCUGUCGGGUUCGAACGCGUGCGUCUCGCUGUUGAACGUAGCCGGCUUGUCUUGAGAAAGAGCGUUGCGGUGGUUCUUUAAGGAGCGGCUCUCUAGUUCGCAGGCCGCGAGCAAGCACAGCACAGCACGCGCGAGGCCUUUCCCCGCGCGCAGUGACCUAACCGUUAACUGAAAAGAGUGCCCCUUGUUUAGAUCCCCAUCAUGGCAGAUCCAGAUCUUGAUUUCACCAGCGGAGAUGCCGGGGCUUCAACCACCUACCCCAUGCAGUGCAGUGCCCUGCGCAAGAACGGAUUCGUGGUUCUGAAGGGUCGCCCCUGCAAAAUUGUGGAAAUGUCCACUUCUAAGACUGGCAAGCAUGGUCAUGCAAAGGUUCACAUGGUUGGAAUUGACAUUUUCACAAAUAAGAAGUAUGAAGAUAUCUGCCCCUCCACCCACAACAUGGACGUGCCUAACACCAAAAGAAAUGACUACCAGGUGGUUGACAUCAGCGAGGGAUUCCUUUCUCUUAUGAUGGACAACGGAGACGUGCGUGAAGACCUGCGUGUGCCAGAAGGUGACCUGGGCAAAGAAAUUGAAAGCAAAUUUGCAGCUGGUGAAGAGAUGCUGGUUACUGUGCUUUCAGCUAUGGGUGAAGAAUCUGCAGUGGCUGUCAAACCCAUGACCAAAUAGGAAGAAAGACUGGGCUGCUCAGGCUGCAACAUGCUACACUUUAACAAAUCUCUUGCAUUUGUUUUUUUGGUUUUAUUUGUCACCAAAGCUAUGGCCUUCACAAGCAACCUCAAAUUUUUUUUGUUGUGAUUGUAUUCCUUUUUUCUCCUUCCAAUACUGUGCUGGACUUGUUGGGUCAGUUGGCAUUCUCUCGGGUAAGAGGUUUAAUACUGUCAGUGUGUUUACCCCCUCAAUCUCCCCCCUUUUUCCCCCUCAAGUUUUUACCACUUACAUUCCUGAAAGUUAAAUAAUGGGAUCCAUUUUUCCUUUUGUAUUCUUGAAUUUCUUAAUAGUAAUUAGUGUGCAGGAUUUACGCAAGGUGUUGUGAAGAGAGGAAGCCCCAACUGACACUGAAUUUUUUUUUUUUUUUUUUUUUCCCCUUCUCCCUCUCUGGGUGCCAUACUUUUACUUUUGUCCUUACAUGAUCUACGCCAUGCUGGCACUAUAGUUAAUUUCUCUCAAUUUAAUGCCCC